AUGGCCGCAGAUCGUCUUAGCUCUCUUCUGAGCCAUCUUAAGGGCACUAGCAGCGGAGUCAAUGCCAUUACCCAGAAAAACCCCGACGAUGUUGUUAUCACACUUUCGUUGCGCACACCGUUGACCAAGGCGCGUAAGGGUGGCUUUAAGGAUACCGAGCUAGACUAUAUCGUCUACGCCCUUCUGAAGGAAACUCUGGCUCAGUCGAAGAUCGACCCUGCCCUUGUUGAGGAUGUCUGUCUGGGUAACGUUGGCGAGGCUAAGGCUGCUUACAUGGUCCGCGCCGCUGCGCUUGCUGCCGGUAUUCCCCACACUGCCGGUGCUUCCUCAGUAAACCGCUUCUGCUCGUCUGGUCUGAAGGCCGUACAGGACAUCGCGAACCAGAUCUCCCUAGGUGCUAUUGAUAUUGGUAUCGCUCUCGGUGCUGAGCUGAUGUCCGCCGCUGGCGACCGCCUCGAGCGUCCGUUCAACGAAGAGGUUCUGCGCAACCAGGAGGCUGCCGAUUGCAUGCAGCCCAUGGGGCAGACAUCCGAGAACGUUGGCAAGGAUUUCAAUAUCUCGCGUGAGCAUCAGGAUCGCUAUGCGGCGGAGUCAUUCCGUCGCGCUGAGGUAGCGCAGAAGGCCGGCUGGUUCGAUGAUGAAAUCGCUCCCAUCACUGUCAAGGUCAAGGACCCCAAGACCGGCGAGAUCAAGCAGGUUACUCUAAGCAAGGAUGAUGGCAUUCGCUAUGGUACCACUUUUGAGUCUUUGUCAAAGAUUCGCCCAGCAUUCCCCCAGUUCGGAGACAGGUCAACAGGUGGAAACUCGAGCCAAGUUACUGAUGGUGCCGCCUCAGUUCUGUUGAUGCGCCGCUCCAAGGCCAUCGAGCUCAACCAACCCAUCCUAGCCAAAUUCUGUGGUGCCACUGUCGCGGGUGUUCCCCCGCGCGUGAUGGGCAUCGGCCCAACUGCUGCCAUCCCCAAGCUGCUGAGCAAGUUCAACCUUGAUAAGAAUGACAUCGACAUUUUUGAGAUUAACGAGGCAUUCGCCUCCAUGGCUGUGUUCUGUGUCAACCAUCUCGGUCUCGAUCACGCCAAGGUGAACCCUCGCGGUGGUGCCAUCGCGAUUGGUCACCCCCUGGGCGCGACCGGCGCACGCCAGAUCGCCACCAUUCUGAGUGAGGCUCGUCGGACAAAGAAGAAGAUCCUGGUUACCAGCAUGUGCAUUGGCACUGGUCAGGGCAUGGCUGGAUUGUUUGUCAAUGAACAACUGUAA